CUGCUCUGGGGCACGUCAGACCCUCCUGCUCUAUAAAGAGGCUUUGCUUUUGGGGAGGGUCACCUGCACCAGGUGGAGCUCCAGAAGACCCAUGUACUCCCCCGACAGCUCGCAGGAGCCCCCGAAUAACGGGACCCCGGGGCCCUUUGAUGGCCCCCAGUGGCCCCACCAGGCCCCACGGGCCGUGUACCUGUCGGUGGCCGUGCUGAUGGGCCUCGUCGUGGUCUCUGCCUCGGUGGUGAACGGUUUGGUCAUCGUGGUUUCCAUCAGAUACAAGAAGCUCCGGUCCCCCCUGAACUACAUCCUGGUGAACUUGGCCGUGGCCGACCUGCUGGUGACGCUCUGCGGCAGCUCCGUCAGCCUCUCCAACAACAUCAGCGGCUUCUUCGUGUUUGGCAAACGCCUGUGCGAGCUGGAGGGCUUCAUGGUCUCCCUCACAGGCAUCGUGGGGCUGUGGUCCCUGGCCAUCCUGGCCCUCGAGAGGUACAUUGUGGUCUGCAGACCCCUGGGAGACUUUCGGUUCAAGCACCGACACGCCGUCAGCGGCUGUGCCUUCACCUGGAGCUGGUCACUGCUCUGGACAACCCCACCACUCAUGGGCUGGAGCAGCUACGUGCCUGAAGGUCUGAGAACCUCCUGUGGGCCCAACUGGUACACGGGCGGCAGCAACAACAACAGCUACAUCCUGGCCUUGUUUGUCACCUGCUUUGUGAUGCCCCUCAGCCUGAUCCUCUUCUCCUACGCCAACCUGCUGAUGACCCUGCGAGCGGUAAGCACGGCGGGCACAGGCUGCGGCGCAGCAGCAGGAGUCGGACACGACGCAGCAGGCGGAGCGGGAGGUGACCCGGAUGGUGGUGGCAAUGGUGAUGGCCUUUCUCAUCUGCUGGCUGCCCUACAGCACCUUUGCACUGGUGGUGGCCACCCACAAAGACAUCACCAUCCAGCCAGCUCUGGCAUCUCUGCCUUCCUACUUCUCCAAGACCGCCACAGUUUACAAUCCAAUCAUUUACGUCUUCAUGAACAAACAGUUUCAGAGCUGCCUGCUGCAAAUGGUAUGCUGUGGUUACCAUCCCCGGGGCACUGGGAAAACCUCUCCGGCUGCCCCCCAUCCCCGCCCAGGCGUCGCUGCAGAGGGGCUGCAGAAUAAGGUGACGCCGUCUCACCCCGUCUGAGCGCUGCCAGAUCCUGCCUGCACCAGCACCAGCGCCAGCUCCAGGCUCUGCAUGGCCCACACAGCCUGGUACAGCACGGGCACAGAGCGGGCUCAGUGCUGGACAUGAGGGAAGGGUCUCAGAGGUUGAAGUCCCCAGCAGUCCACAGGGUUCUCCAAAGAAAGCCAUGAGUGUCUUCUUGCGGGAGAGGAGCCACCCAUCAUGGAAUAAACCACAGACUUUUAUUUCACUCUCCUAAGGACACCCCCUCCCUUCCAGCCCCUCACCUCGGGCAAUUGUGAGCCUUUCAAGAACAAAACAAACAA